GGAAAGAAAAAGAUAUAUUUAUCAAUCUAAAGGGGAUACAAAAAAACGGAUAUUCAGUUAUUUAAAUACUUUUGAUUUAGGGUGCGACUCACACCAGAGCAAAUUGGCCACCUCCAUACAAAACGCCCACGACCAGCGUUUUGGCGGCGGUGUUGUGUUUGUUUUGGUAUAUUCCUGUUUGGCGCGCCGUAUUGAUAGGGCGCCUGGGGUGAAACGGGCCCAUUGACCAAUUGCGAGCCACUGCAGGAGACUUACAAGAGACCUCGAGGAGACGCUAGUGAUUGGGGUUUGUUUUUGUUUUGGGUGCGGAUGGCGUGGAAGUUCUGAUAAGUACGCCUGUUCUGUGAGUUAAAAUGGUCACGCAUCUGCCAUCCGCGCGGUCGCGAUACUGGCGGGCGGCGGGAGCUGCGUAGGCACCGGCACGAACGCAGUAUAUGUUGUCACAUGGGGUCCUCCAGAUCAGAUGCAUUGGCAUGCAGUGGUAGGGGAUGCAUUGUUGUUGUUAUGAUUGAUUACCGUAGCCGCGGCACACGCCAUAGCCAGCGACUUAUCGGCAAUUAUUUGCUUGUUUGUUAUUGAAAAUUAGUGGCGGUGGUUUUGGUACAAGGGUGAUUGUGCUCACUGGGAAAAAUAGUAUAUAUUUGAAUGAUUUCUCCCUUUUUCUAACCAGUUGAUUUUUUCUUCUUGAUAUAUCAAUCAAAUUAAAUAAAUAUAAUACAAUGUCCGGUGGUAAAGGUAAAGCUUCUACUAGUGAAAAGGCUUCGACUUCUAGAUCUGCUAAGGCUGGUUUGACUUUCCCAGUUGGUAGAGUUCACAGAUUGUUGAGAAAGGGUAACUACGCUCAAAGAGUUGGUUCCGGUGCUCCAGUCUACUUGACUUCUGUUUUGGAAUACUUGUCUGCUGAAAUUUUGGAAUUGGCCGGUAACGCUGCCAGAGACAACAAGAAGUCCAGAAUCAUCCCAAGACACUUGCAAUUGGCCAUCAGAAACGAUGAAGAAUUAAACAAGUUGUUGGGUGAUGUCACCAUUGCUCAAGGUGGUGUCUUGCCAAACAUUCACCAAUCCUUGUUGCCAUCCAAGAAGGCCAAGGAUAAAGCUUCUCAAGAAUUAUAAUUUUAAGUGUAUAUUAGUUAAUGUAUUAUGAGAGUUUUGGUUAUACU